UCGUCGAGGCAACAUCUCUGCCGUCGUUCGCGAGUGAAUCGACAUAACGAUAUCGCGUUUCGUGUUCAGUGCAGUGCCAGUGACACGGAAAUGUUACGCUUGUGAUCUCAUAAAAAUAUUAUAAUGGCAUUAAAAAAGGAUUUCGACAUACCGGUGAAUGUUUUCAAACAGAUAAAGUUGCCCAAACCCGCGAAGAUACAGCAGGCUUUCGAGAAGUUUUUCAAGAAGAAUAACUACACUAAAAUAGUGCAAAGUUAAUUAAUUAAACGUAGCUCUAUAGGUUAAAUGGCUGGUGAAUUUAGUGCAAAUACAAGUAGAAGUAGCAGAAUAAAUUCUAAUUUCACCGAAACAGAACCACCCGAUCGCAAAUCGCCUAACUUUAUAACGGAACACGUUGAAUUUGUUGGUAAAGGUAUUAUUAAAACGGCCACAAAUAAAAAUAGAAGGAGCAGAAGUAGAAGUGGUAAUAGGAUCACUCCAACCGUUCUCAGCUUAUCUGAUGAUUAUUUUUACGAGGAUUUAGAAGAUUACGUUAAAGAAAUGUCUGCAUCUACAACAAUGGAUGUUAGUGGAGAACAGGAUGUGUGGAGUCAGCUCCAACAGAAGGAGUCUGACUUGCUGCUGGCGGCAGAACUGGGAAAGGCAUUGCUAGAGAAGAAUGAGGAGUUGAAGAAAGAACAGGAUCGCAUAGCAGAGGAAUACUCCAAGAAGUUAGAGGCGUUGGAACAAGAAAAACAUCUCCUUCGACGCCGGCUGGACACGGAGCAGGGGGAAUAUGAAGCCAGGCUGCUGGAACUACAGAAUGACAUUAAGGAGCUCACUGCUAAGAUCGGCACCAGGGAUACUUCAGUUAAACAGCGUGAUGAAGAAAAAGCCAGCUUAAUAGCCGAACUCACAGCACAGAACUCCCGUCUCACCGUGCAGUUGAAGGAGUCGUCAGCUACCGAGGCGCAACUCCUGGCGCAGUUGGAAGCAUUAAAAGAUCAGUGUACAAUCAGAAAAACUAGCUUACAGGAUCAUGUCCAAAGUCUUGAAUCCCUCAAGUCCGAGUUAGCCCUGAUGAGUGAUAAAAGAGCUGAGCUCGAGAGACGGUUAACAUCUUCUCUCCGUGACAAGGAUGGCCUGCAGCAGCAGCUUGAAGAAGCGAAUGACAGAAUUGCAGCGCUGGAGAGACAGUUGAAAGAACAGGAACAUCUGUACCAAAACACUCUCAAAGAAUUGGAACGCCUGCAAAGAUCGCACGACACUCUCGCCGAGCGCGUUGGUGUCGAUGCUGUAGACACCACAGACACAGCGAGGUCACUGCACGCGGAAAUGGAGGCUGAGCCAGAGGAAGACGAGAACUGGCUACGAAGUGAAGCAGUUCAAGUCUUCAAACAGCUGAGAUCGUUGGCGUUGCAGUUGAACACGGGACAUGAUGAUGAUUCAGGUCUCCAUUCUGAUCUGUCACUGUCGUCUCUGGACGGUGAUGAAGGCGAAACAUUACGACGUGGCGCGCUCGCUGCAGCCUGCGCGGAUGCAGUUGCCGCGUAUGCAACACUGGAAGGUUCGCGGGUGCGCGACUCAAUCGCCGCGCACGCACGUCGUUCACUAGAAAGGGAGAGACAGAUUGACGAGAAGAACGAAAUAAUAGCUGAUCUAUCAUCUAAGUUAUCAGUGGCAGAGGUUGAGCUCCGUGCGGCCGCAGAAGAGAGGGACAAACUUCUAAACGAUGCCAACUACAAUAGUCUGCAGAACGACGAAGCCGUUACAAAGGCCAGGCAAGAGAGGGAUGAAGCUAUUGAAAGAAAGAAAACGGUGGAGGUGGCACUAGCGAAGACCAGAGUGGAGCUGAUGCAGGCCAACAGCCAGCUGUACGAGGCUGUGCGACAGAAGAUCGAUCUAGGUCAGCAACUAGAACAGUGGCAGAUGGACAUGCAGGAAUUGAUCGAUGAACAAAUGAAGCACAAGCUGAUGACCCAGGAGAAGCGCAGGAAGCUCCCGGAGCCCGUCGCUCCACCUCGGACCUCCAGGAUCCUAGGAUUUUUUCAACGGUGAUCUGCUGUACCCAACUCUUGGUGCAACUCUCUCAAGCCAUAAACAAAAACACCGCCACCAUUUUAUAUCUAUUUAUUAUAAAACAUCACGACGUAAACAUUAUACCCGCUGCGUUGAGCGUUUUUACACCAUUGUACAAAAAUAAUUUAUCAUCUGUAGUCCUCGUGGCCGCCAUCUUGUUUCGAACGGAUGCGAUCGGUAUUGCCGCGUUUUUAGGAUAUAGUCUAAUUUUAUUUUUAAAACCGUGUGAUGUUUACACAUUUGCAGUGAUAGUUAGUAUCUUAAUUAGAUUGUUGAUAGUUACUUUACGUGUAAUUUUUAAUGUUUUACUGAGUUUUAUUUAGAUAAUGAGAUUCGUAGGUACUGCACUCUAGUGGCUGAUUAGUAUUUGUCUUCAAUUUGGGCAUUCCGUACAAAAUUUAAGUAAAAUUAAGAAAUAUAGCAUUCCUUUUUUAAAAUCAUUUUAAAUGGUAUGGUAUAUGGGCGGAUAUGGUACAACAGAUGUUAAACCGGAGAAAUCCAGGAGUUCACACACAAACUAGAUUUAAUAUUUCGAAAUAAAUACCGAUAAACGAAUUAUGUAAAUAAUCACACGAAACAGAACGCCAUUAACCAUACUAACCUAAUUUUUGCCAAUCCCCCAUGUUGUUAAUUUACGUCAGCCAUCUUGUUAAUUUUAAGUGUCUAGUAUAAAAAAUUCUAAUUCAAAACAUAAUAAGUAUUGGAUAAAGUAAUUUGGAAAAACAAUUUACUUUAUAAAGUAAUCGUAUUUAUAUAUCAAGUGACAGGAUAAUAUAGAAUUUUACAUAAAUACUUGGUCCAAUUUAACAAUCAGUAAAAUUAUAUUUAAAAACAAUAAAUACAAGUUAACGUUGAUUAAUUCAAUAUUAAAAUAUUAUACAUUUUAAUAUAAUAGACAUAUGUUUUAUUUUCGCAGAUAUUUUAUCUUUAGAUAACUUUAAAAUAAAUUAAUAUUUAGUAUAUUUAAAGAGAUAUUUGAGACGAGUUCCUCUCUUUUAAUUUGCCACAUUAUUUUAAACAUAUUUAAAUUGGUAACAUUUCGUCCUAUAAUUGUGUCUAAGAGUAAAAUGUCAUUUGUCAAAUUCAUGCACAGAUAAUCAAGACGGAGAGAUAUAAUGGUAAAAAGUUAUGUUUACUUGUCGCUUGAAAUAAAUACAUAUAUUAAUAUAAUAUUCAGUCUCUGCACUGCUUAAAGGAAAAUGUCAAUUCUUUAUCGUAAUUCUUACAUAUUAUAUAAUAAAAUAAGUGCACAAUAAACAGCUAAAGCUAUCUGAGAAAAGAAAAGAAUGUUUUAAAUUUAAUUCCCAAUAAGAUAUAUAUAUAUAUAUAUAUAUAUAUAUAUAUAUAUAAUAUAUAUAUUUCAUGGACAUUCUAUUCUUUCCCUUUCUCUUAUAGCUUUGUCUCGACUUGUUUAUUUAAAACGAAAGAAAUCUAUGUAUAAGCAGAAUAUAUUUAUUAUAGUAUAUGAGCUAGAUUGUAACAGCUUCAAUACAAUAUGCAGAAAUUAAAAAAUCAAAAUAAUUUACCCCUUUGUCAAUCUGAGACUUUAAAAAAAAAUGAUUUAAAUAUCGAAUAUCUGCAAAAUAAAAGCAUUUUUGGCGGCUAGACAGUCUUUUAGAACACGUUAACAUUUUGUAAAUAACACUUAUUUUAGUCGUAGAUCACUAGAAGUGAAAUUAUUAGUGCACUUUAAAAAAUAAACGCGAAAGUAGUGGUAAUAAUUGUUCACUGAAUACAUUUUAAUAGCCAUAUUAUUAACAAUAAUUAAUAAACAAUAAUAUAUUAUAUAAUAUAACGAUCUGCUGCAAUCUUAGAUUUAAAUUAAUCAAUAUCAUUAAUAUCUAAUAUGUCAAUUUUUUUUAACAAUAUAUUUUUAAUUAGUGUCCGAGUGCCUUUAAUGGAUUUUAAAAUAUUGUUUAUCGUAUUAUAUACAAUUUACAAAUUAAAUUAAAUUCGAUAACUUUGAACUCUAUGAAUAAAUUUAUAUUUACGCUGAAUUUCCGUCAAGGCUCUUUAAAUAUUAAAAAACAAUUUGCCUUUGUAAGUGCCUUAAAGAUAAAAGAAAUCAAUUGUUUGUGAAAAAUGUUUAUUACGAUAAUAUUUAUUUCAAAAUUGUGCAAUAUUAUAAAAAAAACAUAUAAGUAUAUAUGAUGUAUAUUUGCUUGCAAUAUAUUCUUACAGUCAUUAAUGUUUCAACUAUAAUGUAUAAAUUAUAGCAUGUUCUCUAUCUAAAUUAUAAUGUUUCGGCUGUACAUGGGUUCUUAUAAAAGCAGAUGUGACUGCGGUCUAAAAUCACAGUACUUUAUAUUCAAUUUAUAACAAAAAAAUGUAGCGAUAAAAUAAUAAUCCAGCGUAUAAAGUCUGUUUUAAUACUAUUAUUCAAUAGUCGCUGAAAGUUUAUUGCCUAUUGCUUUUUAUUACAUAUGUAAAAAUAUUUUUAAUGAAAAAUGUAAAUUCGCUUGCCUUACGAAAUCAAUUUGUAUAUUUCCAUCUUAAACAAUGUUACAGCCAGCAAACGUCUGACAAAUAAACGCUCUGCGUUUGUUUUAAAGAUAUGUUUAGUAAUCGUGCUGCGCACGAGGAAACCGGCUGUGCCAUUGUCUUGUUUAGGAUUUUAAAUAAUAUUACACUGUUUCGAGCUUGCAGUUGGUACAUUCGGUCGACCAUUUUGAACUGACAAAUACUUUGUUGCACAUAUACAGUUCUUCGCGCUAACUCACACUACAAAAUUGUACAAGAUUUUUGCUGGCAAUCAUUAAGUAAAUCUUAAUAUUUGCCGGCGUUAACGCUGUUAUAUAUGAACCUACUUUAUUAAACAAAGCUAUUGUAUGCAAGAACGCAACUGCAAAGCAAUCUUUAUAUCGCUCUGUUUUCGCGAUCGCAAAAAUGUAUGUGUGCGAGUAUAAAAGAUUGCUUAGUUGCAUGUGUGCGCACAUAUAGCUUAUUAAAUAUAGUAAAUCAUUGAACAGUUCGCUAGAGUUCUAUGAAAGUUAAUAUUUUGCACACACCCAUCUAAACUCUACGGGCCCCGUGUGUCUCACACAUCUCACAUCUGUUUUAGCUAUCGAAACAAAUUAUAAUUUUCUAAAUAUAAAAAUAUAUGUAAAACAUUUAAAUUAAUUAGAUUUUUUUUUUCAAUUGAGACUGAAGACAAGAAAUUUACAAUGGUAUUAUUUUAUUUUAUUUACCCUUGCAACACUGGGUAUACAAAUAUUUUUUAUGAUGUGAUCUAUCAAGUAUUUAUUCUUUAUUUUGCAUACAUAUCUUAAAUAAGAUUACAAAAUAAAGAUUUUUUUAUUAUUAUCCAAGUAGUUAUUUCUAUAAUAAGCACAAAUUUGCGUAUCUUCAUACAUUCCAUUUGUAUGUUAUUUUUUCCACGACAACAUAUUAAACAAGCUGUAAAACCUUUUUACUAUUAAAUGGGAACAUUAAAUAUACACAAUCCAUCUAAUAUGGGCAUCUCGCAUAAGUACUUAACUAUUGUAACUUAAUUUUAGACCUAAUGAUGACUAGUUUGUAUUUACAUUAUAAAGAUUAUGUGAAAUUAUUAAUGAAAUAAAUAAAUUGCGAAUUUAA